AUGUCUUCCCGUAGAGACGACCGUCAUUAUCGCCGCUCACGUUCGCGAUCUCCUACCUCUCGACAUCAUGGUGAUGAUCCAUCCUCCCGUCGUCACAAUCGCCAUGACCGGCCUCGUCGGUCGCCAUCGCCCAAGCAAUCAGUACCGGUCCUCUUACCCUCCAAUUCCAAGCCUCUCGACAUUCAAACCUCGCUUCCAGCAUAUUUCGCUCUCUUUGCCAAAUAUCUCGAUAUCCAAAAGUCAGUUAAUGUGAUGGACAUUGACGAACGAGAGCUUCGUAGCCGUUUCAAGCGAUUCGUCGGACGAUGGAACAUGGGAGAACUAGCGUCGAGCUGGUAUGAUAAGGACUAUAAAGUCCAAGUUGAUAGCGACUCCGAAUUACCAGGCUGGGAAGACUAUUUAAAUUUCCAAAAAGAACACAAAGCAUCGACUCGGAGACGAAAUUCGCGGGAUAGGGACGGAAGAGACGAUCGGAGGAGCAAGGAUAAAGAUGACGAUAGGCGGGAGAAGAAUCGAGACAGGGAGAGAGACAGAAGCCAUCGCGAUAAAGGCCGAGAUCGCCACCGAGAUAAAGAGGAAGAAAGAGAAGGGCGUGGGGAUCGGGAUCGCAGUCGUCGGCACGGAGACAGUCGAAUUGAGAAAAAGAACGAUGAUCAAGGCGCUGAAACUCGCGACCAAGCCGAAUCCAGGAUCCGAGGUAUGACAGACGAAGAACUCACUCGAGCUCUACAGAAACUUGAGAGAGAAAAUACACCGUCCGAGGCCGCCUCAGAGGAUGUUGAGAUGAAGGAUGGAAACGAAAGUGACGACAGCGACAUGAUCGGACCCGCCAUUCCUGAAAGCCUUGCGAAGCCAAAAGCUGGCGCAAAGCCACCCACGACACAAGAUCUUGAGCUACAAAGAGAACUCGACGAAGAAGAAUCCGAUCUCCGUCGCGCCGACCUCCGCUACGAACGCAAGAAAGAACGAAAAAUGGAGAAGGAGCGCUUAGAAGAACUAGUACCUCGUGCUGAGGCUGGGUCUAGGGAGCGACAGCUGGAAAAGAAACGUGAAACUGCUGCUGCAAAUAAAGCUUUUGCGGAUGCCAAAGGUGGGGAUGUGGAAGAAGUCGGCGAAUCUACGCUGAUGGGAGGAGAAGAGAGUUUCCAGCACCAUAAAGCGGCACAAGAAAGAAAGAAAAACGAAAGAGAGCUAAGAAAGGAAGCUUUGUUAAGAGCUAGAAAAGCAGAGAGGGAAGAGAGAUUACAAGUGCACCGGGCAAAGGAGGAACAAACGAUGAAGAUGUUGAGGGCACUAGCUGAUAAGUUUCGUUAA